AUGUCUAAGAAAGUGAACUUAGAGAGUGGACAAAACACACUAGUCCACCAAGAUCCAGUCCAACUCAGAAAGAAGACGCUCCAAAUCAAGGAAGUCUACACUCAGGAAUUCGAACCAGCUUGCGUCAAGCGUGGAACUGCCAGUGGCCCAGCUUCAAAGGCAACUGCUAGCGGCAGCGGUUCAGCUCAACAAACAUCAGCCGCUGGUCAAAUCAAAGAGAAGGAACUCGAUGGAGGUAAAGCUAAAGGGAAAGAACCCAAAGGCUCUAAAUCGAAGGAUUCAACCACUCGUGUACCCUCUCCUCCUCCCUUGUUUUUAGAAGACGAUCUUGCAGAUCUCAACGGAGAUGGUGAAGGAGACGCUAGUGAUGAUCUUGUAGAUCUCAAUGAAAAUGAACAAAUCAAAAAAGGCCACGACAAUGACGAUGAAGAUGGAAAUGACAAUGACGAUGAGGACUACAACAUCAAUGAGGACAACGAUGAUGAUGACAAUGAUGACAAUGGUCCAGGCCGAUCUUCAGUUGCUGGUAGUCAAAGCCCUGCUGCUAAACCAGCAAUUCCAGCAAUUCCGAUGCAUCUCACUGGUCAACAAUUACAAACCUUCAAUGAGCUGUCUAGUAUUCUUGAACUCAAUGAAGAUUAUAAGGUCAAGGGACGUGAGCUCUGCAAUGUACACAAGAAAUCAGACCAUUUCACAGCCAUGAUGGUAAACCUGCUUGCAUCUCAACAAAAGCUUGAUGAUUAUCACGAGGUUGUUACCAGCAAGAUCACCCAAUUACUUGAAAGUUUAUCAUCGGUAUCAGGCCCAAUGAAGGGGUGGAACCCGGCCCACGAGCUUAGGCAAACUGUACGUAUGAUAGCCACUCAGUGCAUUAUCACAGGUGAUGUUCAAGCAUACACGGCUACCCGGGACAAGCAAGGCAAUCAAGAGCAUCUUCCCCUCUCUCUGUCUGCAAAAGUUUUGGAUAAAAUUCUCGAAAAUCCGUCUGAAUGGAGAAAAAGAUUCCUUCCAGCCCAAUAUGGCAGAAAUCCGGACCCUGUUGAAUCAAAAGACUUUCACAAGUGGCUUAAUGUCAUUUUGAAAGAGAUCAGAAAGUAUCUGAAUAAAAUCCUCCUCACCAACAUCCACAUUCCAAAUCGAGCCAAGAAAACACCGUCCCUCUUGAACGUGCCAACCAUUGAGUCGAUCAUUAUGAAGACUCAUAGUUCGAAUAUCAAUAGAUCUAUGAAAGAGAACACGACUUUAUCGGAGGCAAAAGCUCGUUAUGCGUGGCUUAGGAUGCAAGUGAUCCAUUGGGGCUACAAUUUGGAGCAUUACCACAACCAUUCGUUCUGGGGAGUUGUAGACGAUAAGUUGGAAGACUUGCGCACUAAGUCUGUCCGUUAUUGUUAUGCCUACUUUCUCGUAGUUUUACGCUUUGACUUUGACCGAUUUGAUGGGAAUAGGACCUUUACUGAAAUCAAGGGAACCACCGACUUUGCGUUGCCAAGUGAAGAUGAGGUUCAAGCACAAAUCAAACACUUAGAUCAGACUCACGGAGCUGUUAUAGAACAACCAGAGGCCUCCCAUCAAGAGCCCGAGUGA